AUGGCUGCCGAACUGGACGCCAUAUUGUCCCAAACACCCAUGACAUCGCUUCAUGCGCGUAAAUGUUCGAAUCGGGCUCUUAGCAACGUUUAUUUAUACUAUCCCUCCCUCUCCUUACUCCUUUACUCUCUCCGCUCACUCGUAUUCUUUCUUUCUUUCUUUCUUUCUUUCUUUCUUUCUUUCUCCAUGCUUGCCUCUGUGUCAGUCUCUCUGUUCCAGAUUUCUCCCUCUUUCUCUUUUCCUCGUGAGAACCACUCAACACUUUCUUUCUUUCUUUCUUUCUACAUGCCUGCCUCUAUGUCUGUCUCUCUCUUCCAGUUUUUUUCCCUCUUUCAUUUUCCUCUUCCUUCCUAUAUAUUUUAUUAUAUUAUUCUUUCACUGUCUCCGCUAACUCGUAUUCUUUCUUUCUUUCUUUCUUUCUUUCUUUCUUUCUUUCUUUCUUUUUUUUUUCUUUCUUUCUUUCUCCAUGCUUGCUUCUACGUCUAUCUCUCUGUUCCCGAUUUCUCCCUCUUUCUCUUCCUUUUUAUAUAUUUCAUUGUAUUACUCUUUUACUCUCUCACUUGUAUUCUUUCUUUCUUUCUUUCUUUCUUUCUUGCCCUUUUGAUUUUAUCUUCUGUUCUUUAUUUCUUUAUUUCUUUCUUUCUUUCUUGCCCUUUUGAUUUUAUCUUCUGUUCUUUAUUUCUUUCUUUCUUUCUUUCUUUCUUUCAUGCCCUUUUGAUUUUAUGUUCUGUUCUGUUCUUUCUUUCUUUCUUUCUUUCUUUCUUUCUUUCUUUCUCCAUGCCUGCCUAUACGUCUUUUACUCUCUUUACGAUUUGUCCCCCUUUCUCUUUUCCCCUUCUUUUUAUAUAUUUCAUUGUAUUACUCUUUUACUCUCUGACUUGUAUUCUUUGUUUGUUUGUUUGUUUGUUUGUUUGUUUCUUUCUUUCCUUCCUUCUUUCUUUCUUUCUUUCUUUCUUUCUUUCUUUCUUUCUUUCUUUCUUUAUUUCUUUAUUUCUUUCGUUCUUUCGUUCGUGUACACCUGAAGGCGUUCUUUAUAACUUUCUUCCAUAA